GAGAGCAGGCUGCUGCAAACCUCAGAUAAUAUUCUGUCCAGCAAGGCAGGGCUCAAUUUGGUCCCCUUGCCCGGGGAGAAGAAGGAGAGAAAAAAAAAAAAGUGGGCUGUAACUUAAAGAUCUUAAGACUCCCAAGUGAGGGGUUGGUCUGGAGGUGGGAGGAGGGAGUGACCAGACAAGGAGGAGACAGAGACUCAGGAGGGCGCAAGGAAGUGUCUCAGCUGAGGCCAGGACAAGGCAGGAGAGGGUGGAGGGAAGUCUGCGGGGGCAGGCAUCCUCCAGGAUCCGGAGGCACCUCCUCCCGCUUGCUGGGAAGGGCUCUGGACACCCUCAGCCCUUCUCGCCUGCCCUGUGAGGCUCAAGCCAGAAGCUCCGGGCACUUGCUGAGUUGGUGCCACAGCCACGGAGCUGGUACCCCGGGGACCCCCUGCCCGUCUUCUCUCCACUGCCCAGCAUGGAGGAGGCUGGUGAUUUUGACAACUACUAUGGGGCAGACAACCAGUCUGAGUGCGAGUACACGGACUGGAAGUCCUCGGGGGCCCUCAUCCCUGCCAUCUACUUGCUGGUCUUCCUCCUGGGCACCACGGGCAAUGGCCUGGUGCUCUGGACUGUGUUUCGCAGCAGCCGCGAGAAGAGACGCUCAGCUGACAUCUUCAUCGCCAGCCUGGCCGUGGCCGACCUGACUUUCGUGGUGACCCUGCCGCUGUGGGCCACCUACACGUACCGGGACUACGACUGGCCCUUUGGCACCUUUGCUUGCAAGCUCAGCAGCUACGUUAUCUUCGUCAACAUGUACGCCAGCGUCUUCUGCCUCACCGGGCUCAGCUUCGACCGCUACCUGGCCAUUGUGAGGCCCGUGGCCAACGCUCGGCUGAGGCUGCGGGUCAGCGGGGCCGUGGCCACGGCGGUGCUGUGGGUGCUGGCCGCCCUCCUGGCCAUGCCGGUCAUGGUGUUCCGCUCCACCGGGGACCUGGAGAACACCACCAAGGUGCAGUGCUACAUGGACUACUCCAUGGUGGCCACUUCCAGCUCGGAGUGGGUCUGGGAGGUGGGCCUGGGGGUCUCGUCCACCGCCGUGGGCUUCGUGGUGCCCUUCACCAUCAUGCUGACCUGCUACUUCUUCAUCGCCCAGACCAUCGCCGGCCACUUCCGCAAGGAGCGCAUAGAGGGCCUGCGGAAGCGGCGCCGGCUGCUCAGCAUCAUCGUGGUGCUGGUGGUGACCUUCGCGCUCUGCUGGAUGCCCUACCACUUGGUGAAGACGCUCUACAUGCUGGGCAGCCUGCUGCACUGGCCCUGCGACUUCGACAUCUUCCUCAUGAACGUCUUCCCCUACUGCACUUGCAUUAGCUACGUCAACAGCUGCCUCAACCCCUUCCUCUAUGCCUUCUUCGACCCCCGCUUCCGCCAGGCCUGCACCUCCAUGCUCUGCUGCGGCCGGAGCAGGUGCGGGGCCACCUCCCACAGCAGCAGCGGGGAGAAGUCGGCCAGCUACUCUUCCGGUCACAGCCAGGGGCCUGGCCCCAACUCCGGGAAGGGUGGCGAGCAGAUGCACGAGAAGUCCAUCCCCUACAGCCAAGAGACUCUUGUGGUUGAUUAGGACUGGGGUCAGAGAGGAGUCCAGUGUCCUCUGCCCUGCCCCAGCCUUUGCCCUUGCUCUCUGAAAGUCAGGUAGCAUGAUAGCACCUUCUCCCUUGCACUUGACCCUUUUCCCGGCUCCCUGCCUCCCUGCCCCCUCUUGUGCUCCUUCCUCCUUGAGUCUUGUUCAGAGGUUUGUGGUUUAGUGGAAGGAGACUGAGGCCUGCAGAC